GCAUCUGAUGGGAGGAAACGCGUUGCUGUUAUGUGUGCUCAAUGGGCUGCUUUCACAUUUUGGUCUUUAACCACUGCGUAUUCUGUAAAUUUCCUUUGCUUUUCUCACAAGUGAAACCGACUCUUGCUUUUGCUCUUGUUGAUUUGUAUGUUUACUCAGCUCUCAUUCCAUUUGCAAAGGCGAAAUAGAAACUUUGGAGUAAACGGAGCAACAUAGAUCACAGGUUAAGGCGAUCAUAUCUGAAGCUUGUUUUGAUAGGAAACCAUGGCUCUGGAAGUUGUGGGUGGAGCUUUUCUCUCUUCUUCUCUUGCUGUUCUGUUUGAUAGGAUGGCUUCCCGUCCGGUUGUUGACUUCAUCCGAGGAAAGAAGACCACCGCUGGGCUGCUCCAGAAGUUGAAGAUGAAGUUGUUGUCGGUUAAUACGUUGCUUGAUGAUGCAGAGGAGAAGCAACUCAGAAACUCUAGCGUCAGGGAUUGGCUUAAUGAGCUUAAAGAUGUUCUCUAUCAUGCCGAUGACCUCUUGGAUGAAAUCAAGACUGAAACUCUGCGUUGCAAGAUGGAAGGAGAUGAUUCUGGAAGCAGCCGCACAAAUCAGGUACUCGAGUUUAGUUCUAUUUCCAUUCAUGAACUUGACAAAAGUCUGGAACCCAGGAUACUGGACAUUCUUGACAGAUUAGAACUUAUUGUCAACGAAAAAGAUGUGCUUGAUUUGAAAGAGGGUGUUAAAGAUAGACCACAAGGAAGACUGCUCACAACUUCUUUGGUAGAAGAGUCUAGUGUAUAUGGAAGGGAUGAAGAAAAGGAGGCCAUUAUCAAGUUGUUGUUAGCGGAUGGUGUGACUGGAAAUAAGACGGAUGUGCUUCCAAUUGUGGGCAUGGGUGGGCUUGGAAAGACUACUCUUGCUCAACUCGUAUACAACGAUGACAGAGUCAAGCAACAUUUUGACCAUCAAUCAUGGUCUUGUGUUUCAGAAGAAUUUGAUGUCAUCAAAAUAACCCAGACAAUUUACGGGGCGGUCACUUCACAAACUUGUAACAUCACAGAUCUAGACAUGCUUCAAGUUAAACUAAAGAAGACGUUGACAGGGAAGAAAUUUCUCUUUGUUCUUGAUGAUGUUUGGACUGUGAAUUUAAUGAAGUGGGAUCUCUUGAGCCGACCCUUUGAGAGUGGAGGUCAUGGAAGUAAGAUCGUUGUCACAACACGUGAUGAAGGUGUCGCAUGCAGGAUGGGUACCCUUCAAAGUAGACAUCUAAUGCAAUUAUCUGAGGAAAAUUGCUCGUCGUUGUUCUCAAAGUAUGCCUUCAAGAAUGCAGGUGUUACUACAGAUCCGUCGCUUGAAGUGAUUGGAAAACAGAUUGCUCAAAAGUGUAAAGGACUCCCUUUAGCUGCAAAAUCACUUGGGGGUCUUUUACGUUCUGAACCAAAUAUUGAGAAAUGGAAAGAAAUAUUGAACAAUGACAUAUGGGAGUUGCGAGAUGAAGAGAAUGACAUUUUACCCGCUCUAUGGUUGAGCUACCAUUAUCUACCUCCACAUCUGAAGCGUUGUUUUGCUUACUGUUCCAUAUUUCCUCAAGAUUAUGAGUUUCAGAAAUCGGAUCUGGUUUUGUUGUGGAUGGCUGAAGAUCUCUUACCACUGAAAUUGAAGAUUACAGUUGAAGAAGUCGGAGAUAAGUACUUUGAUGAUCUAGUGUCGAGGUCAUUUUUUCAACAUGUACCACAGCAGUAUUCUCACUAUUCUGUUGAGCCAAUUUUCACAAUGCAUGACCUUAUACAUGACUUAGCAAACUUUGUCUCGGGAGAGUUCUGUAUUAGGUUGGAGAACAAUAACUCAGUAUUGGAAAAUGUCAGCAAGACUCGCCACUUAUGGUGUGUGAAUGCAUCUGCCGUAAUUGAUCAAUGGGACAGUUUGUGUGAAGCCAAGUAUUUGCGAACCUUUCUAGUACUGUCAAAAUAUCAGUACGUACGUGUACGUCCCAACUUCGAUUUUGAUAUAUUCCUGAAGCUUCAAUGUUUACGAGUGCUCAAUUUAUCAAGGCACGAAAUUGGUGAGCUGCCUAGUUCAAUUAGCAAGUUGAAGCAUCUAAGGCACUUGGACUUGUCUUGGACAUCAAUUAAAAAGUUACCCGAUGAAAUGUGUACUUUAUAUAAUUUACAGACGUUGUUGUUGCUCGCUUGUAAAUCUCUAGUUGAGUUGCCAACUGAUUUGGGAAGAUUAAUCAACUUGCGUCAUCUUGCUAUUAGAGGCACAAAGAUAGAAAAGAUGCCACGAAGGAUGGGCAAAAUGAAAGAUCUCCAAACAAUAAGAGGUAAGUUCGUCCUAGACAAAUACACUGGUGGUAACAUUGUCGAGAUUAAAGAGCUUCAGCAGUUGCGCGGAACACUAUGCAUCUCUGGGCUUUGCAAUAUUGUGCAUGUAACAGAUGCCAUGGAGACCAAUAUGAGGAAGAAGAAGUAUUUGGAUGAAUUAGUUUUGGAAUGGGGAGGCAAGUCUGGUGACACCGACGAUACGCAAAAAGAUAGAGAUGUGCUGGAGAACCUCCAACCUCAUACAAACCUAAAAAAACUCGAGAUUCGAUCUUAUGGCGGCACAAGAUUUCCAGGUUGGUUGGAAGAUCUUUCUAGUUUAUCUAAUCUGGUUCAUCUUCGACUUCUGGAUUGCGGAAAUUGUUUGUCCUUGCCAUCAGUUGAGCAGCUACCUUCCCUCCAAGAGCUAGAGAUUGAAGGAUUUAAUGGAGUGGUGACUGUGGGUUCUAAGCCUUUUCCUAAUCUUCGUAAGCUUCGUCUGAAAUCUUGUCCCGAGGUAACCGGGACAUUCAUGUUAGCCUGCUUCCCAAAGCUUGAAAGCCUCACACUGGACAAUGUCAAUGUAGAAUCUCUCCAUUCCACUACACUCCUCUCCCUUGUCAAACUCAGAAUAUCUUCAUGCCCAAAUUUUGUUUGUUUUCAAGAUGGAGGGCUGAAUGCGCCCAACUUGGAGACCAUCGAAGUCCAUAAAUGUUCGAAACUGAGGUCGUUGCCGCAACACAUGCACAACCUUCUCCCAUCUCUCUGGUUGUUGUUCGUAGAUGAUUGUUCAGAAUUGGAAUCAUUUCCCGAAGGGGGAUUGCCGUCUAAGUUGAAAUACUUGUACAUCUGGCGCUGCAAGAAACUCAUUGGAAACCGUAUGCAGUGGGGUCUACCAACACUCACCUCUCUUGAGUUCUUGUGGGUCGACUUGAGGGGAUGUGAACAAGUUGUAGAUUCAUUUCCAGACGAGGGGCUGCUGCCCCCCACUCUCUCACAACUCAGUAUCCACGGUAUUUCGAAGCUGGACGGCAAGGGGUUUACACAACUCACCUCUCUUAAACAGUUGGAAAUUCACAAUUGCCCUGAACUCCAAUGCUUGCCAGAUGAAGGGCUACCCACUUCCCUUUCUUAUCUGCACAUCGUAAAUUGUCCUUUACUAGAACAACGUUGCCAGAGAGAGACAGGGGAAGAUUGGCCCAAGAUUGCUCACAUCGAGUACAUUUCUAUCAAUAACAAACGUAUAUGAUAUGCAAUGGCUCCAGGUGCUUUGUAAUUACCUAAUCAGAUGAUUCUACUGCUGAGUCUCUGGAUAGAAAUUUCCUGUCGAUGUUGGACAAGGUUACUUGAAACUUCCUUUUCGUCUGAACUUAUGCUGUGGUUUUUAUGCUGCUAGACCUGUUGUGGUUUUUAUGCUGCUAAACAAAGCUUCCAUCUCUUAUGUGAGUGGUGAAAAGCUGUCAAGUUUUAUCAUGUGGGCAAUUUCCAGUGCUGUAGAAGCAGACUCUGCAACUAUGCUUCAUUCCAAUGAAUCUCAUCAAUGUUUCACUACUAUUCCAGAGGACAACGAGGUGUAUAAGAAUUCUUCGAUUUCAAAACUAUUGCGUUGGCUAACUGCAACUGUAAUUCUUGGGAAGCUUGACUGGACAUCCAGUGACGUGGAUCCUGAGUUCUUGAAAAGUUUGCAGUCUUUAAUAACUCAUGCUGACAAGGCAUGUGGAGAAAGGGGCCGAAACGGAUAUGGUUGUGAAGAGAUCUUGGCAUCAGCAAUUCUCUACCUUCAACAGCUCUCUGGAACAAAUUACGAAAUGCCACCGUCUGUCGCUGCUGCCCUUAGUCUUCUCCUUUCCAGUGCCUCCAUUUAUGCAGGUUUCUUGCAUGAUAAUGAAACUGUCCAAUCACUUUGGCUGAAGAUACGUUGCCCUAAUGAAGCUAAUCCUGCCUGGAGAUGGUCAUUUGACCAGCCAUGGGAGGAUCCGAUGUUGGAAGUCAUUGAUUCCCAGAAGAUGGAGGAACUCCAUGCUUGUGAAUCACUUUUACUUAUAUUUUCAAAUCUGCUUGGAAAACAAUCAUCAGAAUUCCAUGUUUCAUCAACACAGGAUAUAGAUAGAUUUGGUGUAUUUGAGUCGGAAAAAAGUAUCAUAACGUCUCAGAAAUGCUUGACGGAAAGCAGCUGAGGGUUCAUUUGACAUAUUCGGUCCAAUGUAAUCACCAAUCAUAUAUGUACAGCUAAAAAAGUUGUAGCAAAGAGUAUGAUUGUUUUGGAAAGCAAUUGUCUUCAGUUUUUCUCCUAUAGCUUUUUUCCCUUUUA